AUGGAGCCGGCCUCUGCCACUUCCUCGCCCUCGCCCUCGGCACCCUGCGCGGCGCGGGCGGCGGGCGAAGAGUUCCUGGCGCGGCUGCGGCUGUCAGUGCCGCUGGCAGCGGAGAGCCGACGCGAGUGGUGCUGUGGGAGGUGGGGGGCGCUCUACUGCUGCCUCUGCCUCAGGCGCCUCACGAGCGCCCCGGAACCACAGGACCUGGGCCUGCCGGUGCUCAUCCUCCGGCAUCCCAAGGAGACACCGCCCAAGAGCUCGGCCGCCCCCCUGCCGCUGCUCUCCCAGGACAUCACGGUGCACGAGUGGGCCGGUGACACACCUUUGCCAUGUGCAGACCCCACACCCGGCACCUGGCUGGUCUUCCCCCGCAAGGACGCCUCCGAUGCGGAGGAGGUGGACUGGGGCUCGGUGAAGGGCCUGGUGCUGGUGGACAGCCGCUGGAAGCACGCCAAGGCGAUGGCGGAUCACCCUGUGUUGGCGCAGCUGCCCGCGAUGAAGCUGGGUGGAGGCUCUAGCUGCUUCUGGCGCACUGCCACGGAGAAGUUGGCCAUCCCGGGCCUUCUGUCCACGGCGGAGUGUGUGCACCAGCUGCUGCUGCUGCGCGCCGCGCGCCUGAGCCUGCCCAACGCGGGGCGUUUGGACGACCUCUUGUACUUCUUUGCCCUGCGCCUGCGCUUGGUGCUUGAGGAGUACGGCAGCGAUGUUGCGCGCUGCUGCCCCUGGUGCACGGAGACCUCGCGCCGCGCCGCCGUGCACCGAGGCAACGACCGGCAAAAGGCGAAGAGCCAAGAGCUCUUCAACCGCCUGCUUGGGAAGUUGUCACAGUAG